ACCCUAUCCCCAUCCAACAUUCUAACCAUCAUCUCGCCAGAGUAGACUGCUAUCGUCCUCUGAUCUCAUCACAAUGGCCGCUCAAAUUCAUCAAUUAUCCCUUUCACCUUUGACUGCACAUGCUUUCAAUGCUGAUCGUAGUCAAGUUGCCGUUUCGCCAAACACGAAUGAAGUUCACAUUUACUCCACCUCAGGUGCUGGAUGGGUAUUGCAACAUACCCUAACUGAACAUGACAAGCUUGUCACUUCGAUCGAUUGGGCUCCUCGUAGUAAUAGAUUAGUCACUUGCAGUCAAGACCGUAAUGCCUAUGUUUGGCAAUUAGGUCAAGAUUCCACAACAGGUCGUGAAGUUUGGAAGCCAACUUUGGUCUUAUUGCGUUUAAAUAGGGCUGCCACUUUUGUUCGUUGGAGUCCAAAUGAAGACAAAUUCGCCGUAGCAAGCGGUGCUCGACUUAUCUCGAUUUGCUCUUUCGAAUCAGACAACGAUUGGUGGGUCGCCAAGCAUAUCAAACGUCCUUUACGCUCUACCGUGCUAUCGCUCGAUUGGCAUCCUAACAACGUCUUGUUAGCAGCAGGUUCAGCAGAUAUGCGCGCUCGUGUAUUCUCUGCUUUCAUCAAAGGCGUUGAUGAUCGUCCACCACCAAGUGUUUGGGGAGAACGUUUACCUUUUGGUACCAUUUGCGGAGAAUUCAAGACGCCUGCUUCCGGUUGGGUGCAUGGUGUAGCAUUCAGUCCAAGUGGUGAUUCGUUGGCCUUUGUUGGUCAUGAUUCUUCCUUGACUGUUGCUUAUCCUUCUGGACCUGAACAACCGCCACAUGCAAUUCACGUCUUACGCUCUCCAACUUUGCCUUACAUUGCACUUCAAUGGGUUGCCGAAGGAUCCCUCGUUGCUGCUGGACAUGAUUGUCAACCUGUUUUAUUCACAGGAGAUGUGACAAGUGGUUGGAAACUGGCCAAAUCCCUCGAUGCAGGUGGUGCAGUUGCUGGAAAAGCUGCUCCUCCGCCACCUCCACCAAAACCAUCAGGAGUAAGUAGUGGUGCUGCCAGCUCGGUCGGUAAACUUAAAAGUGAAGCAUUCAACACUUUCCGUAGCGCCGAUUCUCGUGGCUCGUCAACUUCAGUUUCUGCUUUGAAUGCUGCUGCAAGUGGUGCUGGAAGUGCAGGUUCGUUGGCAGGUGCUUUGGGUGCUGUUGCAGGAUCAGGUGUUGCAGCAGAUGGUGAGAUUCACUCGAGUCACAUUAAUUCCAUCACUUCUGUUCGUGCAUUUUCGUUAGAAUCACCUGCAAAUGUGACUGCGAUCAGUACAAGUGGUGUUGAUGGAAGAUUGUGCAUCUUUAAUGUGAAUGCAGGAACGAGUGCUAUGAACGCAUUGCAAAAAGGUGUUGCAAGUAUUCGUGUAGCUUAGAAUGUAUGAAAUGCCAUAAUAUGAUGAUUGUCAUUGUCAUUGUCAUUGAGUGUAAGAUGAUCGCGCUCGAGCCAAUUUUGUCUAGCUGAGCGCAUUCAUUGAGCGUGAAUGAAUGAAUGCUUCUAAGUUGCGUGUUGGCUUUUGUGAUCAAAUCAUCAUGAUCAAAAGCCAGCAAGCGAUUUCAAAAGAAUGUUGUCAGCAGAGGAGACAGCUGAUGGGAG